CAAAAUAUUCUUAUUCGGGUUUUGAUUGGGUUCAAGCCAAAUGUAGUGAGGAGCGGUGGACUGAUCGGCAGACCGGUUGUGUGGGCUUGCUAUUGUUGUCUUUUUUAUUUCGUAGGUAGUGGGCCGCUUAUUCAUCUGACGGCUUGAAGGCUGACAGCCCAUAAUACACAAUCCACAUAUCUUUACUCAACUCUCCAAUACUACGCUAGAGCGUACCAUAGAAAGGUGUCACGCGUGAGGAGGGAAGAUUGAAAAGGUAGGAGGUCGAUGCGAGUCGCCCAUCGCCGACUUUAGCAACGCCGCCGCCCGCCGCCCCCGCGAACAGAUCCAAGAACUAGAGUUGGUGCAGUCUUUAAUUGUAUACAUUGGAAUAAAUGGGGGUGCAAUUAGCUUCUGAACAAGUAACUAUGCUAGAGAUUGAGAGCGUUGAUCUUUCUGAUUCAGAGCUGGUAUAUCAUGUCAGGGAUGCCCUAAGAUCUGCUAUCCAGGGUGACAUGGACAAGUAUUCUCAACUUGUUGGACUUAUAAAUCGUGAUCACCAGUUAUCACCUGAGGAGGUGGCAUUACUCGUGACAUGCUUAAAGGCUUUGUCAGGAACUGUCUCUUUUAUAGACAUUGUUCACCAUCGAUCUCUUCUUUCUUCGGUAUUUAGAAUAGUGAUGUGGAACUAUGGUACUGAUGUUAUGGAUGCUCUGAUGGAACUGGUUGUAUCUUUGGCAGCAUCAAGUGGGCAAUAUGUUGAUUUAUGCUUGGAAAUGCUUGUAAACAAUUUUGUGCCACCCGAAACUUUUGUGAAAUUGCUAAAUAAUCCAAGGGUUCAGGCAAGGAAGGGGCAAGUCCUUGAUCGUGUGCAUUCAACAUUAAAAGCUAUCGCUGAUUUAGUACCACUAUCACCAUUGAGACUCGAGAAGAUAAUUAAGGAGAGAAUGCAUAAGAUUCGUGACAAGGGGCCUAUUGUGAUUUAUGCGGAAAACAUGCUAAGAUUGGAUAGUGGCUCGCUGGGUGAACUUGUUGGGAGCACCAUGCUUGUGGCAAUUGUGGAUAGGGUUGUAGAUUUGGAUGUGGACAUACCAUGGGAUUCUAUUUUGCAAGAUGAUUUUACAAAAGGAAUUUUUGACACCGAGCUGGAAGAACUAGAAGGACCUAUGGAUGAUGGCCAACAAGAUAGUUUUGAGGUGUGCUUGAUGAAAAUGCUUCCUCGUACUCCCGGAGAACCUGACGGAAUUCCAUUACAUGUUUCCUACUUACAGCUUCAGGGCAAGCUUGAUCUUCAGCCCCGGAAAGUGACAGUCAGCAUUAGAACAAGGGAUAUUGAGGAUAAAGGCGGUGUUAAUACACUGUUCCGGCUUGCUAAGGUGCGUGAGAGGAAGGCCCGAGAUCUGGACCACGUCAGAUGCGUGAAGGGGAGCGAUGGUAGAGUGUUAGUUGAGACUGCCAAAGUGGCUAAGCGCUGGGGGGAGUACUUUUGUGAUCUCUUAAAUGCAGGAGGAGACCAGAGACUAGUUUUUGAUGAGCUGGGGCAGUCCGGGGCGUCUCGUGUGUAUUGUCGGCGCAUUUGCCUGGGAGAGGUGGUUCGGGCUCUCCGAGGGAUGCGUAGUGGGAGAGCUUUGGGACCAGAUGAGAUUCCGGUGGAGUUUUGGAAGCAUGCGGGCCGUGGUGCGUGGGUUUGGUUAACCAAACUCUUCAAUGUUAUCUUUCGGACAGCAAGGAUGCCUGAUGAGUGGAGGGAGAGUCUCUUGGUCCCCUUGUUUAAAGGUAAAGGUGACAUCCAGAGCUGCGAGAAUUACAGAGGCAUCAAACUACUUAGCCACACCAUGAAGGUUUGGGAGCGAGUCAUUGAGUAUAGGGUGCGGAAAGGGGUAUGCAUCUCUGAGAACCAGUUUGGUUUCAUGCCUGGUAGAUCGACUACAGAGGCCAUUCACCUCGUGAGGAGGUUAAUGGAAGAGUAUAGGGCUAGGAAGAAGGACCUCCAUAUGGUGUUUAUUGAUCUUGAGAAGGCGUACGAUAGGACAAGGUUGGAUAGGAUUUCGAACGAAGUUAUCCGACGUCAGGUAGGCAUGGCGCCGGUGGAGGAUAAGUUGCGGGAAGCGAGGUUGAGAUGGUUUGGGCAUGUGAGACGGCGGGAUGUUGAUGCCCCUGUGCGGAGGUGCGAGAGGAUCACGGUUAUCGGGGGAAGUAGGGGAAGGGGUAGACCUAGGAAGAAUUGGAAGGAGGUGAUUAGGCAGGAUUUAGGACUUCUCACCCUAACUGAGGAUAUGGCCUUAGAUAGGAACCUUUGGAGGACUAGGAUUAGAGUAGCUGGUUAAGAGCUCGGUGAUGUAGAGGUUGAGCCGGGGGUCUCUUGGAAACAACCUCCCUACUUUCGAGGGUGAUAAAAAUACAAGUUAAGUUGGCAUUGAAAUUAGUUGAAUGGGAACUAAAUCCCACCCAACUUCUCUCUUCCUUCCACGGUCAUGCACUCGUGCUGCCCUAGCAGAUUCACUGCUGUUUGUGCAGCAUAGCUUGAAAGGGAUAUUUGGAUAGACAAGUUUUUUGGGGACAGUAAAAGUGCUCAGAUGUUGGAUAGUUUAAUGGUGCUCACAUUCGAAUACUUCAUAUCUUGCAAAGAGAGUGGUCGCCUUUCUCUGAUCUUUGAUACACUACUUCACUCUUUCGAAAAAAACUGUUUUGACAGCAUACAAGUCCAAAUUUGCCCAGUUUCUUUUGUUCUAUGCUUGUUCACUUGAUCCCGAAAACUGUGGCAAGAGAUUCGCGAUCACACUCAUUUAUAUUUUUGAGACUAGUGCCCAUUUAGAAUGGAGAAUGAGUGCUGUCGCUUAUCUUGCUAGUUACCUAGCACGUGCAAAGUUUAUGGACUUGCCAUUUGUUGCUGACUGUUUGGAAAUGUUGGUGAAUUGGUGUUAUAAUUAUAGCAAAAUUAGGACCGAUGAGAUUAAUCCAAAUCCUAAAGCUCACAAGAAUUUCUAUGCGGG